CACAUUGAAGCGGAGUUAUGAGGGUCAGUCAGUAGAAAGCAUUUUUAGCAGGCUUCAAGUAUCAGAUUCGGUCAGAUGAUGGGUUGCGUAAAAUGCAUAAACCCUAUCUGCAAAACACUAGCUAUUUAAUUAGCUACCACCGCGCAAUGUUUUGGUUUCGGAAUUGAGUGAAAAUCGCGCUACACCCUUGUCGCAGUAUAUGCACUGCUGCGAGACUGUGAAGAGACACAGACCAUGAAUUACGUGGGGCAGCUGGCAGGACAGGUGUUUGUGCAGGUGAAGGAGCUGUACAGGGGCCUGAACCCUGCCACCCUGUCGGGAUGCAUUGACAUCAUUGUGGUCCGACAGCCAGAUGGAACCCUUCAGUGCUCCCCCUUCCAUGUGCGUUUUGGGAAGAUGGGUGUACUGAGGUCACGUGAAAAAGUGGUGGACAUAGAGAUCAACGGGGAGCCUGUGAGUUUGCACAUGAAGCUUGGGGAGAAUGGAGAGGCCUUCUUUGUGAUGGAGACCGAGAAUGAUCAGGAAGUUGUACCCUCAUACCUGGCCACCUCCCCCAUCAUGUCAGAGGGUGCAGCCCUGAUGGAAUCACAGCUGGGAAAGGGUCUGGUCCGCCACUCCGAUCCUGUGACCGGGCCCUCUGUUCAGACCCUGGGGUGCCUGCAGUCCUUGGGUGAGAAUGGGACAGUGAAGAAAAGGAGGAAGCGCCGGAGGAAGUUUAAGGUGGACAGUGUGAAACGGGAGGAGAACGGAGACUACUCAGAGGAUGAGGACAUGUUCCCCAUUGACAUGAGCUCUGAUGAGGACAAGGAGCCUGAUGGCACCAGGGGUUCCUCGUGGGACAUGCACAGAGAGGAAGGAACCAUGGGGAAGUUGCCCAGCAGUGCUUUCAAACAAAGCACAGUGUAUGCCUGCUCCGAUGGAGACUGGACACCUCUGCCGAGCAAGAGGGCUGAGCACAAUGCCCAGGCUUGCACUCUGUCCCUCCCGGGGAGUGGGGGCCUGUCAGUCUCUUGCCCACUGCAAUCUGCUCUCUUCCAGCCCCUGCAAAGCCCUGGAAGAUCCCGCCCCUCCACCCCCAAGAGCGACUCAGAGCUGGUGACCAAACCCUCAGAAAAAGGCAAACAGGACAACCCCCAGAUGCUCUGGGCAUGGGGUGAGCUUCCACAGGCUGCCAAGCCAUCAUUUUUGACCCCAAAGCCAGAGUCCCCUAUGGUAGACCCGGUGUCAAUCCCAGUGUCGGACAGCACGCACUUCCGAGUGAUUUCAGGGGACUGUGCUCCUGAACGGCAGGAGGAGUGCCCCCCGCCCCUCACCCUGUACAUUCCCGAGCCCAGGGAUGGGGAGGGUGAGGGCGGAGCUUUCCCGGGGAUGGAGAUCGAGGGGAUGGGGUCUGCAGGGGCUCGUUUGAUGUCUGAAGUGGAAGGAGUGGAACAUGGUCAUGGGCCCCGACCACUGAGAAAGACAGAUUCACCCUCAAAGAAGAAAGACAAGAGGAGCCGCCAUCUUGGAGCAGACGGUGUUUACCUGGAUGACAUAACAGAGCUGGAACCUGAAGUGGCAGCGCUAUAUUUUCCCAAAAGCGAUGGGGGUGGGGCGGUCAGGGUCAGCUCAGACAGUGGGGCACGGAGCACCAGCCUUUCCCCCCAGUCGGCAAACAGCUCCGGAGUGGACAGUGGUGUUGACAGCUACUCGGACCAGAUAGGAGACCUGCCCUCUAUCGCCAUCUCUCUGUGUGGAGGACUUACUGACAGCAGGGAGAUCACGAAAGAGCAAUUUCAAGAAAAAGCAAUAUCUUAUCAGCAAUUUGCUGAAAAUCCAUCCCUCAUCGAUGACCCUAACCUUGUGGUGAAGAUAGGAACCAAGUACUACAACUGGACCACAGCCGCACCCCUGAUGUUAGCCAUGCAGGCUUUCCAGAAACCCCUGCCAAAGUAUUCUUGCCUCAGUUACAUUUACUGCGCACUGGAGCUCAUUCUCUGUUGUAUGUGCAGUGUUAUUGGGUACAGGACUGCCACGGUGGAGAACAUCAUGAAGGAAAAGAUGCCAAAGAAAGGAGGCCGCUGGUGGUUCUCAUGGCGUGGCAGGAACAACAGCGUGAAGUCGGAGUCUCCUUCAGAGCAGGGAAUCGGUGGAGGCGGAGAGCAAACGGGAAAGAUGGCUUCUGUAAACAGGCGGAAGGAAGAAUCGUCCUCCAGCGAUGAGGACCACAGAAGUGCCAAGCCGAGUCCCAGCUCUGCCCAGUCCGACACUCUGCUCACCCCUGGGGCUGUUUCCUAUAAGAAGACACUCCGCCUCACCUCCGAGCAGCUGAUUAGCCUGCAGCUAAAGGACGGCCCUAAUGAUGUGGUAUUCAGUGUCACCACCCAGUACCAGGGCACAUGCCGUUGUGAGGGCACUAUCUACCUGUGGAGCUGGGAUGACAAAAUUGUCAUCUCUGACAUUGACGGCACCAUCACCAGGUCUGACACUCUGGGCCACAUUUUGCCAACUCUGGGUAAAGACUGGACGCACCAGGGUAUUGCUCGCCUUUACCACAAAGUUAGCGAAAAUGGUUAUAAGUUCCUGUACUGCUCAGCCCGGGCCAUCGGUAUGGCAGACAUGACCCGUGGGUACCUGCACUGGGUCAACGAGCGGGGCACUAUGCUGCCACAGGGUCCUGUUCUGCUCAGUCCCAGCAGCCUCUUCUCUGCCCUGCAUCGAGAAGUCAUUGAAAAGAAACCAGAGAAGUUCAAAGUGGAAUGCCUCACAGACAUAAAAAACCUUUUCUACCCAAACACUCAGCCUUUUUAUGCUGCCUUUGGCAACAGACCAACAGAUGUGUAUUCAUAUAAGGAAGUUGGAGUCCCAUUAAACAGAAUCUUUACAGUCAACCCAAAAGGAGAACUGGUUCAAGAACAUGCCAAGACCAACAUAUCAUCCUAUGUUCGUCUGGGGGAGGUGGUGGACCACGUCUUCCCCCUGUUGAUGCGGGGUGACUCUUCUGACUUCCCCUGCAGUGACACCUUCAGCCAGUUCACCUAUUGGCGGGAGCAGCUGCCGGAGGUGGAGCAACAGCAAGAUUCCUAGGACUCCAGCUAAGCUUGGGCACCAACGCAGCCACACCUGGCCACCACACAGGCACAUGCAGACCAACACACAGACGGCAGCUUUGCAGUAAAAUGCAUGCCACUCUAAGCCAGGGAUGCACAACAAUGGCUGGUUUCUGGAUUUUAUGCCAACUUCUGCUCUUAAUGAUUUAAUUAGCAUCAUUUAUUUCAUCAGGCAUUUUAAUAAAGCAACGAAUUUAAGUAUUGCCUGUGUAUCCUUGCUGAAAAAGUGUCCUGAUACAGGAGUGAACAAGCAUUAGUACAGUAUGCAUGGCUAUUUAGUAAAUAAAGCCAGAUUAAUUGGUUGAAAAACAAGGAAAGUUCUCUGGGAAAGGAGUUGUGCACCCCUGCUGUACGCACAAGUGAAGGAGCACUUUUUUUCACUUUGUAUAUGCUUACAAUCAUAUUACAGUCAUAUUGUGUGUCAAGGCAUUUCUUAUCAGACACCCCAGACUUUCACAUUAUGCUAAUGUUAUUUAGAUAAUUAUAGAAAGCUAAAUUUGUCCUUUUUUGCCUUGGCUUUAUUAGUUCAGUUUCAGUGGACUGAUCGCACUGAGAAGUUGCUGGUCACAGAAAUGUACUUCAAUAUAAUGAUUUUGUGCCAAAUCCUCUGUCCUGAAGGAGAACAAGACAGAAUUGCACUUUAAUUGUAAUCUUGCACCCAUCACUAUUCAGUUUAAAGGCUCUCUGACACAGAUGGACAAAUAAAGAGUGCUCGUUUCAGGCUGAGUAGGUCACUGCACAGUAAUACAGUAAUAAUGUUGACUCUUCACAUGAAUUGAAAUGUUGCCACGAAUUGGCAUAUGUAGAUAGCUGUGGUAUGAUAAUGUCUGGUUUCAUAUAUGUGAAUCAGGUCAUAUAUGUGGAAGCCAGAAACUUUCUGUCUUCCAGUUGUAGGGUUUUACUGUCUGUUCACUGUAAUGAAGAGACCACAAGGCAUCCAAGACACCAAAGUAGUUUGAUGCUCUAUCCACUGAUGACCUCAAACAACGACUGCCAGUGAUUUUGAUCUUGAUCCUCUCAAGCAAGAGUGGCCAACCUUUGUUUUGGAGACCCACAGGAUGUGUGGGUGUUUUGUCUUUCAGCCCAAUUAAUGUAAUACAGCAGUUGUUUGCACAGUUAACCUGUGUUGGUCUGAAUUGGUUGAUGAUUUUAAGGUGAUUACCAUUUCAACCUUGUGGCUCUCCUGGGAACAUGGUGGGUAAAUCAUCCUCUUGAUCAGUUACCUGGCUGCUGCUGAAUGAUUAUUCUUUAAUUAUGGAGUGACAAAAACCCAUGUGCAGGCCUGCUAACUGACAAUGCCUAAGAGUUUAUCUGUCCUGUGGGUGCAGUAAUCACAAAACUAUUCAGCAAUAAUCAACGUCUUUUUCCUUUCCCAGUAUGAAUAGCUGAAAUGAAAACUAAUUUAUGAGUGUUAUUUUUUUACGUGAAAAAGAUUUUGAGUUGUGUGUCCCUUCCCAUGUGCAUAGUUAGAUGUUAUUUAUGUGGUGUUAAUGGAUUGUGCAUUCUUAUUGAGGAAACAUUAAUGCUACAUGUGUUUUUCAAGAGAAUUGUAUAUAGGUUAUAUAUGAAUAUCAUGAACAUAUCUGCUUUAUGUACAGGGUCAACAGAAAACAUUCUAACAGUUUCUUUCUUGUAUGUUUACCCAUUAUAGAACACAUUUCCUGAACCUGAUCUUCAUGAACAAAGGAAAUAGCCACUGUUGAGACACUAAUGUGGUUUGUCUAUAAAAUUAACUGGUUAAUUUAUUUUCAACCAGCUGCUAUUUUGCACUGAACCCAGAAUCUAGCCUGCUUGGUGACACUGUGACUUAUAUGUCCUGAUAUAUUUAUUCACAAGUUAAUAUUCAUACAAGCAAACAAUGAAAUGAGUUAUUGUAAACAAAAUACAAGCAUGACCCUCAGUUGUAAUGGUCUUUAUAAAAUUUCUUCACAAGUCUCUUUUCACUUGCAGUAAGAAUAAAUGUACUGAUUAUGUGGCAUGCAGCCAGAUAACACUGUCGGCACAUUGUGACUCCACAAAGAUGUGCAUUCUUUUGAGUGAAUUUAUAGUGUGUAAAUGUGGACAAUUAUGUAUUAUGUGUGGGAUGUGCUGCACUUCGGUAGGUUUAUUGGAAAAUUAGUAAAAUUGUAAAAAUCUGCCAAGGGAAAUGUCUGAAACAAUAUGGAGAGCCCUUGGAACUUGACUAUGGUUUCCUUGCCAUCUGACUGCAAAUCGCAAAUUACUGUAGGCCUAAUGGUGCUAUCACAAUAGACCUGGAUAGAUUUCUCUUUUGUGGUUAUAUAUGAGCCUACGCCCCCCCCCCCCCCCCCCCCCCCCCAAACACUAGGUUUGUACUUAAGGGUACAGUUCAGUUUUGCUGGAAAAGUGAUCACAUACCACUUGGGCUGAAAUUCCACCCUGUCUUACAAAAUGUUAGGCUACUGAAUGGUGUAACUUGAUCAAUUAAUUUAUCCACCUUAAAUUCUAAUAUUUUGUUACUAUAAAGCCAUAAACAUGGCAGAUCUUUGAGGCUAGAGCACGCCUUCACUAAAUGGUUUGGUAUUUCGUACAGUAUUCGCAAGCACAGUGCAUAAUAUUUUUAAAAAGUGAUUGAAAUCCACAUUGUAAAUUGAAAAUAUAAAAACAGUUUUUCUUCAAAUAAAUAUGCCUCAUAAACUCACAGGAAUGGCUGCAUUUUCAUUUUACGUAUUCAUCUGCACCUACUUAUUUGUUUAUUGUACCAAGUAGAACUGCUAUAUUCUUUCUGUGAAAGAUUUCUAUUCCAGUGAACUGUAUGGCCUUAUUCAUGGCUGCAUACGUUUGUGAGAGAUUAUUUAAUUUUGUUUAAUAGAUGUACAUGUAAUACAUUAGAUAUUUCAUUUUUAUCUAUGUAUCAAUAAUAAGUUGAAUAAACUACAAUCAAAGAUAAAA